AUGAAAAAGAAACCAUUUUACUCGCGAAAAAUUUUCAGGAAGAUUCUGAAAUAUAUAGCAUUAGGUAUCUGCACAAGUUUAGUUACCAUGACAAUUAUACUUUAUUCACAGAAUCCUGAUGUUUUUGAAAGGUUAUCGAAUCUAAUUCCAUCUUCAUCAUCGAUGAAUACAAAACUUGAUAAAUCAAAUCCCUCCGUUAAUGUCCUAAAAACGAUGAUCAAGACGAUGUUUAAUAAUUAUUUCAGUAUUUGUAAAAAUUUUGACGAAAUUUAUACUAACAGGCGUAAAUGUAUUAAUUCAUAUGGUAUCAAAGCCUCACUUCUUGAAUCCAUUUCAACUUUAUACCUACUUGGCUUAAAAGAAGAAUAUAAUCAAGUUUUACAAUUUUUGAAGACUAGUUACGAUGUUUCCACUUUGAAAUGGGUUAAUGUGCACGAGUAUUGGACUAGAGGUGUUGGAUCCCUAAUCGAAUCUUAUUUAAUUACAAAUAAUAAAUUAUUUAAGAAUUUAGCGAUAAAAAUGGCCGAUCAAAUGCUCAAAUACCAAGAAUCCGAAUACCAGCAAUGCUAUAUGUUUGACUUACAGAACGGAAACUGCAAGAAAAAAGCUUGGCUUAAUGGAACUUCGAUUUCUAACAUAGUAGCUGGACUUCCUGAGUUACUAGCACUUUACGAGAUUACCAAAGACAAAAAAUACGUUGAAGCUGCCGAUUCAAUCUUUGGAAAAAUUCCAAUCCAAGAUAUUCAGCUUCAUUCCUCAUAUGGAGAGGAUGGAUCAGGUGUUGGACCAUUAGAUCUUGAUGGUUACAAGGUCAGUUUCCUAUAUAACAUUGCUUUGGCGUUAACAUUGAGAGAUAAUUCAGAAAUAACAUCAUAUUUAAUGGAAUGUGUAUCAUUCUUCCCAUCUGAACUUAAUACUGAUUACUAUGAUGCAUUUCCACUCCUUGAUGUCGUUAAAUACUUUGCAUUUGCAGAUAUUCCAGUAAUUCUUCCUCCGGAAGAGUCAUUAGCUAGCAAAGUUAUAGAUGCAUACAUUGAUCCAGAGUAUCCGGCCUUUUCUCUCUCAGGAAAACUCUCAGGAACAACGGGAUUCAACUUCGAAUCAGCAGGACUUAGAGAGUUGGCGAGAACUUCAGUAACUGACCACGAAUCUCUGAAAAGAUUCAUUAAAAUCAUAACUGAAGGAUUGACAAGGACAAAGAGCCAGAAAUCGCACUCAUCUAUAAGGAAGAGUUCGAUUGGAAAGGCUUCUCUAUCAAAUUACCAGCCAAGCAACGUUUUCGGACAGUGGACGAAUAUUGGAGCACUCGCUGCAAGUGGAAACUUAAAGUACGUGAACAUGUCAGCUUUCAACGAGAGAGGACACAUAAUCCGCUUGAAGAUUCCUCAGAGAGUUCACAAAGAAUAA